AUGGAAAUCCGUGAAGGUUGCCAUGCCAAUGAGCAACAAACAUCCUCAUUAAGUAACAGCCUCCAUGGCUUCUGUAUUCCAAAAACCUCUAUGGAUACUGGCAUCAGGUUCCAAAUUCAAGGUUAUUCGAUCUCGAUACUGUCUCCCCAUGAGAUUGGAACGCUGCUCCCAACUUCCGAACUUGCAACAUCUAAAAUGGAUUUCCAAAACGACGCCGACGAAACACCUCGCCCGAAUCGCAGGGUCCAACACAGAAUUCUGGGGCAACAGGUUUCCCGCCUAUCCUUCACCAGUCCCUCGCUCAUCGCCGAUGCCUCCUUUGCUUCCAGUUCCUCAAUCACUGUAAACUCCCUACUUAAUACCGAUCCGUUGGUGAUAAAUCCUGGCACACCAACUGGCGGAACGGACUUUUUUCGACGAUCAGAUAUAGAGCGGUCGUCAACAUCGGAGCCGGUUUCUCGUUCUCCAUCACCUCGAAAACGGCGGCACCCUUCCUCGGUUAGUCAGUAUGGUUCGGAAACUGUAGGCAAGAAAAGCAGUCGGUCAAAUAGUCGGCAUUCAUCGGCUAGCAGUAGAUCGGUUGCAUCAGAUGCUAGUACUGGUGUUCGAAGGAUUGAAUUUCCUCGAGGCGUCAAAGAGUGCGCCAAAAGAUACUACGGCAGCCGCUGCUGGCUUUGUGAACAUCCGCAUCGCAAACUAAAUAUCGCGCAUGUCGUCCCCAAAGCAGAUAUAGAGUUCGAGAGUCAUGUGUCAAGAGGUAUAUUACCGCUGACAGAGCUUCACGAUAUCAACAAUGCAAUUCCUUUAUGCGUAGCCUGCCACGACCCGUUCGACGCUAAACCUCCGGGGUUUAUUAUUCUUCCCAUCGACCUCGAGUGGUUUGUGGAAUUUGAACGAGCAGACUUUAGUGAUCGACAGCAGCUACUAAGGGAAGGCAAAUCUAGAUCUCGUAUAGCCCCUACAGGCCAGAUGUACCGUGCUCAUUUGGAACGGGAGGGAAAGCUGGCUAUUUUCCCUUCACCUGGCGCGAAGGGGGUGAACCGGUCCGUCACUCAGGAAUGCCAUGAUGAAGGGGGCUUAUAUGAAGUCUACAUGAGAACCGAUCAUUUAACGAACCAUUGGGAAGACGGAGAGAUCCUUGGGCUAUUUUUACAAGGAAAGGCUUGGCAUGGGAGUCCCACGGCCCUAAUACUACAUGCUGCUCGUGUUCUCGGCUAUCCUGGUCGUGGGCAGCCGUGGGUGAGUGAAGAAAAGCUUCGUCUAAUCUUUGAGCUCAUUGUAUUAUGGGGAAGGGAGCCGACAUCACCCCAAGAGAAGGAUGAAAGUUUGGAAAGUUCUGCUAGCGGGGGUGUGCCGCAACAGCCAAACCCAGGGGCCGAUGACCAGAGUCAGCAGGGCGAGGGUGAGCCCCCGCGCGGCCCACCAGGUUUUGACGACGGAUUUCAAGGUGGAUCCGCUGGGUCCGAGACUGCUGUUGGCACUGAAAGAGAGGGUUCUGGCUAUAACGAAUACAAAGGCCAUUCAACUACACCUGUGGAUUCAAAAUUGGGAGAUCGUUGGCAGUGGGGGCCUCUGCUGACCGCAAAUGAUGUCCAACAGCGUGAUAUUUGUGCCAAUGAGGAUCAUGAUUCAGGAAUUGCAACCUGGUUGAAAACGCAACGCGUUAACCUCGUCUUCACGGAAUGGCGACAACAAGCAAUCAUUGCCAAGGCCCUGUGA